CUCUCUCCGUUCACACACAGACCUAGCAAUCUUUUACCUAUACUUUUGUCCCUCACCUGCACUCACUCUACCUGUGUGGGAUUCUCUACAGUUUGGGAGACCGUCUGUCCCUCACCUGCUCUCACUCUACCUGUGUGGGAUUCUCUACAGUUUGGGAGACCGUCUGUCCCUCACCUGCUCUCACUCUACCUGUGUGGGAUUCUCUACAGUUUGGGAGACCGUCUGUCCCUCACCUGCUCUCACUCUACCUGUGUGGGAUUCUCUACAGUUUGGGAGACCGUCUGUCCCUCACCUGCUCUCACUCUACCUGUGUGGGAUUCUCUACAGUUUGGGAGACCGUCUGUCCCUCACCUGCUCUCACUCUACCUGUGUGGGAUUCUCUACAGUUUGGGAGACCGUCUGUCCCUCACCUGCUCUCACUCUACCUGUGUGGGAUUCUCUACAGUUUGGGAGACCGUCUGUGGAUACAGUAUCCAGUGAAAGGAGACAGUGGAGGAAUCAUAGGAACCAGAUUGGGAGCCAGCGGAGGAAUCAUAGGAACCAGAUUGGGAGCCAGCGGAGGAAUCAUAGGAACCAGAUUGGGAGCCAGCGGAGGAAUCAUAGGAACCAGAUUGGGAGCCAGCGGAGGAAUCAUAGGAACCAGAUUGGGAGCCAGCGGAGGAAUCAUAGGAACCAGAUUGGGAGCCAGCGGAGGAAUCAUAGGAACCAGAUUGGGAGCCAGCGGAGGAAUCAUAGGAACCAGAUUGGGAGCCAGCGGAGGAAUCAUAGGAACCAGAUUGGGAGCCAGCGGAGGAAUCAUAGGAACCAGAUUGGGAGCCAGCGGAGGAAUCAUAGGAACCAGAUUGGGAGCCAGCGGAGGAAUCAUAGGAACCAGAUUGGGAGCCAGCAGAGGAAUCAUAGGAACCAGAUUGGGAGCCAGCGGAGGAAUCAUAGGAACCAGAUUGGGAGCCAGCGGAGGAAUCAUAGGAACCAGAUUGGGAGCCAGCGGAGGAAUCAUAGGAACCAGAUUGGGAGCCAGCGGAGGAAUCAUAGGAACCAGAUUACAAACGACCCGACUAUGUCAAAAGAGGGGGACAGAGCAUCAGUGUUGAAGACCUCUAAGGUUCGGACCAAGCUGAAGGGAGAUGCCAGCUGGAUGCAGAGACUCAGUGAACCUCAGUCUGAAACAGAGGAGGAGAAACCAUGGAUGGCAGAAGUUAGAGUGAAUCGACUGAAUGGAGCCCCUAUAGACAGCCCAAUAGCCUCUCCCACAUCCAAGACCCCUCCCUCCCCCACCAGACCUGCAGAAGAUAGAGGGGUUUUUACCGAGACAGACACCAAGCCUGCUUCCAACUCAUCUACAUCCAAUGGCUUCAGUGGGUCAACAUCCAGCUUCACCAAGAGGCCUUCAGAGAGCUACAAGAGAAUAGAUCCUCACACAGUGCGUCCCACCUCAAACCUCCCAGUUCAAACUGAGGACCAGUUUUCUCCAGAAGAGAAGGAGAAACGUUGUACUGACAAACCACCAGAAACCUCCUUGACCACAGAUGUUACAUCUUUUGUGGCUAAAAGGGUGGUGAUCACAGACAAUGACGACUCUGUCUUCACUGAGACUCCCUCUGUCCCCAAAGAACCAGCUGCACUAUCUGUGAAAGGCGUCCCUCCUGUAUCUGUGAAAGAUGUCUCUCCUGUAUCUGUGAAAGACGUCCCUCCUGUGUCUGUGAAAGAUGUCUCUCCUGUAUCUGUGAAAGACGUCUCUCCUGUUUCUGUGAAAGACGUCUCUCCUGUAUCUGUGAAAGACGUCUCUCCUGUAUGUGUGAAAGAUGUCUCUCCUGUAUGUGUGAAAGAUGUCUCUCCUGUAUGUGUGAAAGACGUCUCUCCUGUAUGUGUGAAAGACGUCUCUCCUGUAUCUGUGAAAGGUGUCCCUCCUGUAUGUGUGAAAGGUGUCUCUCCUGUAUCUGUGAAAGACAUCCUCCUUUCAACCCCUGUCAUAGUUGACACCCCAGCAGUGAUUGACCUUUAUGAGGGCAUGAAGCCAGGGCGUACCAAAGUGGCCACUGAGCUGUCCCCAGAGAGUAGUGUCCUGUUGAAAGUGGUCUCCCCAGUGUCCCCUGUCCCAUACAAACCAGUGAAGACAGAUCCUGCCCCAGUGGACACUCUGACAGCCCUGUCUGACACACUCAUCUCCUUCGACACAGGUUCAUCCAGCUCCAGAGUCCCUGACCCAGUAUGGACAGAGACAGCAGAGCCAGAGGACAGAUUGCAUGGUGAGCCGAUCCCUCAGCUCAUGGUUGAUGAUCUCCUCUUUCUCACUAACGGUCUAGAAGAGGAGUUGGUAAAGCCCAUCCCUCCCAGCCCAGGAUCUAGGAGUCAGGAGCUUCUCAGUGGAUCAGACAGAGAUAUUGUCUCGACAGAGGUAGUGUCCCCUGACAGUUCGACCCCUAGUACUGACUCCAGGUCAUCUGACAGUGAUUCACCGUGGGACAGAUGGAGUGCACCAACUGUCUAUAAAGAGAAGGAGGACAGAGACACAGAGCCUUCAAUGGACCGUUCUAGCUCCUACUCCAGGACCUUGGACAGUUCUGCCAACCAGAGACCCAAGUCACCAGACACCAAGUCCAAGAAGUGUUUUGUGUACCUGAAGGAGUAUGUGGACGUUACAGAUCUAACCAAGCACAACACUAGAGACAACGAUCCUGACUAUGUAACGUCCAGUUCUACCAGCCAUUCCUACAGUAGCCCCUCCUCUUACACCAGGUCUACCAUGACGUCUGCCUGUACGUACUGUGGAGAGCAGGUGGGCAACGAUGCCAAGAUCACCAUCGAGCACCUCAACAUCUACUGCCACCCGGCCUGCUUCAAGUGUGGUGUUUGCAGUAGGCCAAUGGGAGACUUUCUGUUCAACAUGUUCCUGCACAAAGGGAAAGUCCACUGUGAGAGCUGCUAUGCCAACGUCUUGUAGGAUGCUUCCUUUCCUUGUCUCUUCGUCUCUUUUCCUUCAUGGCCACUGAGAGGUGACAAGACUGGAUGGUUGAUAUAACUGCUCUUUCCCAUCAAGACCUGUCGUCUGCUAACAGACACAGGGACACUGCACCUUGAGUUUGACAUGAAUUUCCAUGUGUGAGAUUUUGUUUUCAUACCUUUGUAUGGAUCUGAAUUUCAUGAGGUUAACACUGGAAUUCUAUGGCAGUUACUCUAUGGUUUAAAGAGAAUAAUAUGAUAAAAUGACUGAUAUUGUCUUCCGUUCAUUUGAAUGACCACUUUUUUUUUGUCUUUUUUUCUCCUUAAAGGCCCAGUGCAGUCAAAAAACGUGAUUUCCUAUGUUUUACAUAUACUGUAUUUCCAUGCUAUGAGGUCGGAAUAAUACUACGAAAUUGGGAAAAUUAUGAUAAUUCUCUUUAAGUGUGUGUUGGGAAAAUUAUGAUUAAAUGACCGAACAAAUCAUUUUAAAUGGAACUGUAUAACUAAGUAAAACUUAUACUCUGUUUUAUUAUAUCUGAUUAACAAUAUGAGUUCAUAAGAAGGGAUUGUGAGACACGGACAAGGAGUAAUUAAAGUUAAUGAACACCAUUCCAACUAGGAAGAAACGAAUGGGUUGUGGAUUAAGUAAACAGAUAAGCUAGUUAACCUAUGGUUGAACCGACGAAACUGAGCUCUGGGGUUUUUAGAUAACCUAGGAAUGCACUCACUGUCUUUUCUGUUAAUUAGAACUGUCAGCUAAGUGGUGAUCGAUAAUGUUGAGGGGUCAAAAGUUACCUGGGAGUGUGUUAGUAAGUUAGAAUGAACUUUUCACCUCACUUUGUCCCUGUCGAGAGGAGGGGUUUCUGUUAAGCAAUGAAAUGAUGUCAUGUUUUGUAUAUAAACUGUUGAUCGUGGUGAAGUGGCAGCGCGCUCCGAGAAUAAAUUCUGUUACCUAUUAUUGAAAA